UUUAUUGGUCUGUAUUUCUCCCUCAGACUCGCAGCGAGGCGGCCAUGACGGUUUUGAGCGGUCACGUGGUGGUUUGUAUAUUUGGCGAUGUAAAGUCGGCUCUGAUCGGUGUGCGGAACCUGGUGAUGCCUCUGAGAGCCAGUAACUUCCACUAUCAUGAGCUGAAGCCCAUCGUGUUCGUGGGCUCUCUGGAGUAUCUGAAGAGAGAGUGGGAGACGCUACACAACUUCCCCAAAGUCUCCAUCUUACCCGGAACUCCACUGAGUCGGGCCGAUCUGAGAGCCGUCAACAUCAACUUGUGUGACAUGUGCGUCAUCCUUUCAGCCAAUCAGAACAACAUCGACGAUGCUUCUCUGCAGGAUAAAGAAUGUAUUCUGGCGUCUCUCAACAUCAAGUCCAUGCAGUUUGAUGACAGUAUUGGACUCCUGCAGGCCAACUCUCAAGGCUUCACUCCUCCUGGAAUGGAUCGCUCGUCUCCGGAGAACAGUCCCGUACAUGGAUUGGUGCGGCAGGUGUCCAUAACCACCGGAGCAAACAUUCCCAUCAUCACAGAGCUCGGUGAGACUCAUAUUACACUCACAUUUAAGCACAAAUUAAUACUUUUAUUCA